AUGGCAAAGUCUAUCCUUGUGGUCGGUCAUGGGCCCAUCGGGCACUCUUUCAUUGAGAAGAUGACCGAGGGCAGAAGUGGAAGCAGCGACUACCAGAUCUCAGUCCUUUGCGAAGAGCCACGGCCGGCAUACAACCGAGUCAUGCUCACACAAUACUUCCAGGAUUUGGAUGGUGACAAACAUGACAAGAUGAAGCUAUCAUAUGUGACCGAGGAGGAGUUGAAGGAGCUCAAGGUGACACUCCUCUAUGGCCGAGCAAUAUCCAUCGAUCGAGAAGCCAAAACAGUGUCCUACAUGAGUCCCCAGGCUGAUCAAAAGAUGGUUGGCUACGACAUUUUGGUGAUGGCCACCGGCUCCUUUUGCUUUGUUCCUCCCGUGCCCGGAAUGACGAUUCCAGAGAAGAAGAAUGUGAACUGGCCCGAUGAUCCCGCUUCAAGGCCAGAGGGGGUCUUCGUCUACCGCACCAUCGAAGACCUUGAGUCACUGCUUGAGAAGGCGAAGUUAGGUGCCAAGCGUGCCGUGGUCAUCGGUGGUGGCCUGCUGGGACUGGAGGCCGCCAAGGCUGUCUACGAUCUCAAAAUGGAAAGCCAUGUCCUGGAAAUGGCGCCAUACCUGAUGCCAACGCAAUUGAAUGAUGUUGCUGGUCAGGUUCUGCUGAAAAAGAUCAAGGAUUUGGGUGUUCAUGUGCAUUGCGGUGUGCAAAUCAAGCGUGUGGUGUGCGAGGCUGGCACAGUUGCAGGCAUAGAGCUAGUUGAACAGGGAGCGGAGUCAUCAAGCAUCCUGAAGACUGAUCUUGUGAUUGUUUCAUGUGGCAUUCGCCCGCGCGACGAGUUGGCCAAACAAUGUGGCCUGGACACCAAGCUGAAGCUUCUGGGUGUUGAGGUUGCUUCCUUUGGCCGCAGUGCUGACUUCUGGUUUAAGGGCCAGUAUUCUGGGAAGGAUCCAAGCCUGAAAGUCAUUGAAAGCAAGGAUGAUCUCAAUGACACAUACCGGCGGCUGUUCUUCUCUGCAGACGGUUCCAAGCUCAUGGGUGGCAUUUUGAUUGGAGAUGCCAAGGACUAUUCCAAGCUGCUUCAGCUCAGCAAGAAGGAUGACCUUGCUGGCAACGAUCCAGUGGCUCUGGCCUUCAAAUUGCCACCGCCUGGCGCCAGCAGUGCAGUUGCAGAUGGUGGGGAUGGUACUGGCAUGACGGAUGAUGAUCUGAUUUGCACUUGCCUGGCGCUCUCUAAGGGUCAGGUUCGCAAUGCCAUCAUCGACAUGGAAGCCUACACGAUUCCACUCAUCAAAAAGGCCUGCAAGGCAGGAACUGGCUGUGGUGGAUGCUGCACACCUGUUGGUGAAGUACCCAAGCUCCUGGCGCAUACCUUGAAGAAGCUCGGCAAAGCAGGUGCUUCUGGCAUUUGCUCUCACUUCAAGUAUUCCAGGAAGGAGCUCUUCGAUAUCGUCAAGGUCAAAGAGCUCAAGUCCUUGGAGGAGAUCCUCUCCGCAGUUGGCCAAGGCUCGCCAGAUGGCUGCGAGCUGUGCAAGCCCGUGGUGGCCUCCAUUCUGUCAGGUCUCUGGAACGAUCAUGCCUUGAAAGCGGGACGAGAUCAGAUUCAGGACACCAACGACCGGUUCCUGGCCAACAUCCAGAAGACUGGAACCUAUUCUGUGAUCCCUCGCUGCCCAGGAGGGGACAUCACCCCUGACACUCUCAUUGCCUUUGCGACCACUGCCAAGAAGUAUGGCCUUUGGACGAAGAUCACCGGUGCUCAGCGAUUGGGCAUGUAUGGGGCGAAGGUCCAUGAUUUGCCUGACAUUUUCAAAGAGUUGGUGGAUGCUGGCAUGGAAACCGGCCAAGCCUAUGGCAAGGCCUUGCGCACGGUGAAGAGCUGUGUGGGCACCAGCUGGUGUCGCUAUGGCCAGCAAGAUUCAGUGACCAUGGCCGUGACCCUGGAGAAUCGCUACAAAGGUCUUCGUGCACCUCACAAGAUCAAGAUGGCUGCUUCUGGAUGCCUGCGUGAGUGUGCCGAGGCCCAGGGGAAGGACGUAGGCGUCAUCGCCACCCAGGCUGGAUACAAUCUCUUUGUAUGUGGCAAUGGUGGAGCGAAGCCAGCACAUGCCAAGCUUUUGGCCACGGACUGCUCGGUUGAGCAGUGCUUGCAAUAUGUCGAUCGAUUCUUGAUGUACUACAUCUCCACAGCCAAGCAUUUGCAGCGCACAGCCCCUUGGUUGGCUGAACUGGAGGGUGGGAUUGACUACCUGAAGAAGGUUGUCAUUGAGGAUUCUCUAGGCAUAGCUGCUGACCUGGAGGCUAUGAUGGGACGCAAUCGAAGCCAUGAAAAGUGUGAAUGGAAGGAGGUGGCAUACGAUGAGGAACUGCGCAAGAAGUUCAAGCAAUUUGCGAACACAGAUGAACUCCAUGAUUCAGAACAGAUCGAGUACAUUGACAUGCGAGGUCAGCGCCAUCCCAACCUGUACAGCCCACCGGACAUCCUUGGCCCAGCACUUUACGGAAAGGAGAAGGCGAGCGAAUGCUGGGACUGGAUCUUUGCUGGACUGGUGAGUGCCUAUCCCAAGAAUGGUGGGCUCAGUGUGAAGCAUGGCACGCAGGAACUGGCAGUGUUCCACCUCCCACAUGCAGAGGAACAGUGGUUGGCCACACAGAAUCUGUGCCCCCACAGGCAAGCUCUGAGUAUCUCUCGUGGGCUGGUGGGAGUCCAGCCCAAUGGCACCUUGACCGUGGCAGACCCUAUCUACAAGACCACCUACAACCUUCAGACCGGUGAGGGCAUCAGCAAUCCAAACCUCAACCUUUCAACCUUCAACGCCAAGGUUGAGGAUGGCAAGGUCUUCGUGCAGUUACCUCCAUGCAGUGAGAUGGAAGAGGCAUUUGAGAGGACAAUCCAAGAGUCCUUCAAGGCUGACGGGAAAGAAUAUAAGAAGAAGACGGGUGGACCCGUGCCAGUUCCAAAGGACCUGUCAUGGUGAUAGGUUGAGUGCGCAAAGAAGCCCUCAGACAUGCAUGUAGGUUCCGGUUGAUGAGGCUGCUUGCUUUGCAAUUUAAAACACUGUGAACACAUACUACACAUAAGAUUUGGUACAUGUACAAUAAGCCAUUCAGUGCCUUAUGUUGUCACUGGUCAAAGGCUAGUCUUUUUCCCCCCUGCCUCCUGCCGUUUCUUUUUUGAGUUGCUUAAAGGAUUGCCUUGUAAAGCGAGGAGCAAAAUGUCUUCCACAGCCUCGCGGGUGCGAGAACUUUUGUUGUUUUUUCUGUUCACGCACAAGAACAGAAUUAGAUUCGCAGAUGGGCCUUGCAUGGAGUGUGAGUGCGGGACCAUACAGUCAUCCAAACGAAGCAAUCCGC